AUGCGCAUGGUGUUUUCACACUUUUCCCAGUUCAACACUAUUCACUCAAAAUACAGCAAUACCAAAACCGACGCGUGUCAAAAUGUUCCCAAGUUCACCGCAACUUAUCCGCGAGAGCAAGCAAACAACAAGUUACUCAACCAGUCUGGGCCGCUCUCAGAUCACGGCUUGAAAAGCAAUCACGUCAGCGUCAGCAUCACAGCACCACUCCCCAAAGUCAUCUUCAGCCUCAACCUCAACAUCAGCAUCAUCCCUCCACCGCAACCCCUCAACAUCAAGCAACCACUCCACUACCUCCAUCUCAACCCUUUCUAA